AUGGCGCCGGUCAUGCUAGAGCAGGCCGGCGGCAGCGCUACUGAACGGUUCAGGUUUGACACUGGAUCUGGUAUUGCCACUGGCGCAACGGCCAUGACGGAUCUGGUCCCCAGAGGUCAUAAAUGGUGGCGCAUGACAUCAGCGCAAGGCACCAGAUCCCGCCAACGAGAUGCAGAUCGAGCUUCCGGACUCGACGGCCUUCUUCAGCAGCAGCAGCAACAAAACAAACAACAAGGAGAACACCAAAACAAAUCAACACAAAGCUGGCGAAAGUGUGGAGACGUCGCGAGCGAAAGAUCGUGCUUAUCGAAAUACCAAGUCCAGCGCUCAGACGGAAGCAUAGUUAUCCCCGUGCGACGUUCGUCCCGAUCCAGGCUCGCCAGAAAAGAUCGCGAAAAGGAGCCGCGCUAUCCUUUCUCUCCCAAUUGGACUCCCGCCUGGAACUCUCGCCCUCGCGACGACGCAUUUACUCUUGAGGGGGAAGUUGGGCCGUCGAGGGAGGAGAUCGAGGCCGCCAAACGUAUCUUGAAGCGCUUUCCCAUGGCCGGCUCGCAGCGCCCUAUGGCCAAGUCGUCGCAUAAUGGCAGACAACACAAUGCGCCCAGGCAGAGGCAGUCUUUGGUAAUUACGAACGAAGAUGUCACCGUUCUUAAGCGAAUGUCCGCGACACCCCCUCCUAUCGUCAGACCGAGGCUUGUGAUUCGCGACGACUCCUUCGAGGAUAGCUUUAGCGAAGACGAAGAGGAUGAGGGCAUGGCUAGGAAUAUCAGAAGGCCGUCGGCAGACCAGGGCAGGCUUCGUGGGCCGAUAAAAUCGGAAUCUAGCCUGCGAGAUCGACGAUUGAGUUUGCAGAGCACAGAAACACAAAGGAGGAUUGACCAUCCAAGUCUCCCGCCACUACGCGAACUCAGUUUCAACGGUGAAGAUGCAAGUGAAAAUGGUAUGGAAAGCUUGGGUGCCGAGCGAUCACCCGUCCUGGAUCAUAUACGACUCUACGAAGACGCUCCAACCGACAACGUCCUACCCUUGACCCGACCAGGUCACCACCACCAACAGGACUCUCCUAAAGAUCUCCAUGGCUUCCGUCCAGACUCGCCCCACAACUUCGAUAACUUCGACGGAUGCUAUGUCGACAACUUUUACAGCGAGGAUCACUUACCAAGAGGCGAGAUACCCCGCCGCAAGAGCUCCUUCAAGGGAACGCAGAAAGUGGGCAACAAAAAGGGCAGUUUUCAGGAGCGCCUGAACAGCGCGCAAAGUGGCCAACGACAGCCCAACGUACUUCGGAGGAGGAGGCACAGCGACGAUAUGGGUGAUGUCCGUCGUGGAGGAUCUACUAAAUCCAAGGAGUCGGAUGGCCAGCAAAGCGUCGCUACUAGCGGUUCGGCGCGGAUGCCCGACUUCUUUGGGCCCAACAUCUACCAGGUUGUGCUGCAGGAUCCGAUCACUGCUCAUCAGCUGCUCAAGUUCAGCGAGAGCAGACUAUGUGGAGAGAAUCUUGAGUUCCUUCAGAAAGUUGACCAAUACCAUCGCUUAAUGAACGAACUCGCCGAUACCGUCACAUCCAUUCAGAAGGACUUCGUGUCAGAAAGCUCCCCCAGGCAGGUCAACCUGCAAGGCGCCAUCCUGAACAGGCUUGACGGCGACAUGCGUACCCUGAUAUCCCAGACACUCCCGCAGAUGAAAACAAUGUUUACGGGAGCUCAGAAGGGCGUUGAGGACCUCAUCUACGCAGACGUCUAUCCUGCAUUCGUGCGACACCAGCUUGCCCUGUCCGCAAGCCGGGCGCUGGCCCACGACCGUACCCGCUACCAGGGACUUGGAGACUCGUUCACGAUGACCGACCCGCGCCAGGCUGACAACCCCAUCCUUUUUGCAAGCGAUGGCUUUGCGUCAUUAACGGGCCACCCGUUGAGCCACAUCAUCUCUAAGAACUGCCGAGUUUUGCAAGGCAAGCAGACGGACAAGAAGGCUGUGGGAAGGAUCAGAACUGCGAUCAGGGAAGAGACAGAGGUUGUAGAGCUGGUUCUGAACUACAAGAAGAACGGUGAUCCUUUCUGGAACCUUCUUUAUAUUUCACCACUCUUUGACGAACAGGGACAGUUGGCAUUUUUCAUCGGCGGACAAGUUAACUGCUCAACCACGAUUCACAGUAGCGCUGACGUGAUGCGCGUGCUCUCAAUGUCCUCUGAUCCUUCCGAGACCGACUCCAAGGAAUCGCCCGCCAAGCUGGGCGAGGCGACAGCAAAGCAGGCCCAGGCGACAGCUCAGUCACCACCCCCGCGCAAGUCGAGCGCCCGCAAGGUCCUGCUCAAGGCAUUUGGUGUGCGGACACAGGACGAAAACGACUCGAGUGUGCAGGCGGUACCGGCUAUGGCCGACGCUGGGAUGGGAAAGAAGCUGUUGAGCAAGAUGGAAGGCCAGGAUAUCGGCACCCAGAUGAGGGAGUUUUAUUCGGCCUACUCCAAGUACAUCGUCGUCGACGCAACCUUCAAGAUCCGCUUCCACAGCGGCGGCAUACUGUCCAUGCUGCACCCGGCCAACAAUGUAGGCGAGCUGGCGGGGACCGACAUCUUCCGCUUCCUGCGGCAGAACACGCUCACCUCAUCCCCGGUCAAUGGCAACGGCAACGGCAACGGGGUGCAUACCGGGGCCGGCGCCACCUUGCCGGCCCCCGUGGCGUACAAGGGCAGGGUCCGCGCCGCGCUGCGGGCGGGGAGCGCCAUCAGCAUCCAGGUGCGACUCCAAACGAGGAGGAGCGCGGCGUUUAGGGGAGACGAAAUCUUUGCGGCGCACUGGACGCCGCUCAAGGACGCAAAGGGCGAGGUCUGCUGGGUUGUGCUGUGCUUGGGAGCUAUGCUUGGGGAGUAG